CACCGCUCUGCACUACCCUACCAGAUUUGAGAGAGAGAGAGAGAGAGCCGCAAGAAAGAGAGAGAGAUAAAGAAAAAUAUAAAGAGAGAUAAAGAGAGAGUGUGAUAAAGAGAGAAAUAUAGAAAGAGAUAAAGAGAGAGAGAGAGAGCUGCUGAAAGAAAGAGUAGCAAAAGAGGACAGAGAGAGGGAACUACAAAGCCAAAUCAGGUGAGAGAGUAAAAAAUACAGGACAGACAAGAGGAGAACAGAAGGAGUGUUUUCCUGUGAGGCCUAUCUCAAUGUUCUUGUUUUUUAAGCAUUCUCAACAGAUCUAGAGACUAGAUGACCAGGCUUUACACACGGCAGUGUCCUGUCCUGGAACUCUGACUGGAGUGGACACACACACUCAUACACGCACUCCCUCUCUCGCACACAUACCUGCAUACACAGAGGGUAGACAUUCUCCAUCACUGUCUGCAACCCCCCCUCCCCCUCGAUUGGACCAUGUCCACAUCCUCGUCUGGAUCGACCAACCACAACAAGCGUCAGUCAUUGGAGACAGACAACUCUCAGAUUGUGUUGGACAAUGACUCAGCCCAGCAUCUGAAGCUGAGGGAGAGACAGCGCUUCUUUGAGGAGGUAUAUCAGCACGAUAUGGACAUCCUCCUGUCCUCGGCUCACCUGCACAUUGACAGCAGGAAACCUCCCAUGGGCAGUAUCUCCUCUAUGGAGGUGAACGUGGACAUGCUGGAGCAGAUGGACCUCAUGGACAUCUCUGACCAGGAAGCUCUGGAUGUGUUCCUCAACUCUGGGGCCAACAACAGCCCACUGGCCUCCCCUUUACCAGAGGUAGACGAUGAAGAGGAAGAUGAGGAAGACGAGAGUAAAGAAGUUGUCUACAGGGAGCGUGUGCCAACUUGCGACAUUCGCCGGGGGUCAAAAUCUCGCAUGUCAUCCACCUCUUCCGGUUCCAGUGACACCAGCGGGGGCGGGACCGACAACCAUGUGGUCCAAUCAGAUGAUGAGGAGGUGCACGCAGACACCCUGUUGCUGACCUCCGUGCCUCGAACAAAAGAUGAAGAGGCAGAGGAAGAAGAUGGAGAAGUGAGGCCUGUCCGCUCCGUUGUCAUAGAGACACAAGCCACUUGCUGUUCUGACUGUUGUCAAUGACAACAAUGAGAUGGUAAACAGACUAACUCGGAGAUCCAUACAUAUACAGUACCAUCACUUCCUCUUUACAUGUUACUGACGCCCCUGGAAUUCCUUGUGGGAAACCCCUAGCAUGGACAACCCUUGUUAUUCUUUGGUGUGUUGUUAUGGGUCAACCCACUGGGCACAGACACCAUUUAAACGUCAAAUGUUUAUUUACAUUUGGUUGAAAUGUCAACUAAUGUGAAUUCAGCAUGAAAUAAACAAAAAAUGUCACCAUGUCAUGUGAUUUAGGUUAAAAGUUGGGUGAAAGAAAGACUAAAUUCCCUUACGUUGAAGACUUUUUGCAAAUCAAAUCAGUUUUCCACAUUUGAUUCAUUGUCAUCAGAUUGCAAUUUUUGGGUUGAAAUUAUGUGGAAACAACAUUGACGCAACCAGUUUUUGCCCAGUGGGAAUUGAUUCUCUGCGUAACUAUGAAACUACUUAUUGAUGACUCCUCAUUGUUUCUACUUAGUACUAUUAUAAGGAACAUUCAGUUCUCACUGUUUUUUCUUCUGUUGCUUCAGAGCACUAUACGUGUAUUGUGUUCAACCAUUAUCAAGGUGCCAAUAUUGUGUUCUCCAUAUUUAUCAUACACAGAAUAUCAUUGUUUGAGGGAGGAAUGUCCAGAUAGAUGUCUGUCUCACAUAAGAACCUGUGAACAACUACUUUAGUGAGAAUAAAUUCUAGAUCCAAUCCUAUCCAUUCAUUAAUGCUGCUAUAUAAACACUGAAUUCUAACAUGACUCUUUGCUGCAUGAUUUGGAACAGUUAGUAAGGGAAGUCUCAAGCGGUUUGGUUUCAUUUGUUCUCAGUCAAGGUAUUUACCUCCCUUUAUGUGACCGUUGACAGAGGAUCCAACAUGUAGUAACAUAACACAGUCACACACACACACACACACACACACACACACACACACACACACACACACACACACACACACACACACACACACACACACACACACACACACACACACACACACUAGUCUACAUUAGCAUACUGGAUUCUCUUCUUUGGUUUCUGCUAUUGCUAUUCCCUCCAGCUCAGGACACCUUGACCACGGCCAUUUCAAAUCAUUAAGUCAGUUAUCUACAGUAGCUACAUACAUUUUUUUACUUAUAAGUUAAUGACAUGUACCCAUUGAUUCUUGAAGAACUUAUACAUGCCUCAUGAGCUUAGCUCAACUGUCGUACCCCAUCAGAGCCCAAAAUGUAAGCUUGUUUACUUUGUGAACAAAGUAAACGUAAACAAUUUCUCCAGACCCAUACCUCAGCUUGCCCCUUUAAGAGGGUCAGAAAGAUUUAAGAGUGGUAUUUAGAAGUACAAUCAUCCCUGUGUGGCAUUCCCCUAUGUCAGAAUGAGUUAAGGCAAUGUCUCACCAGAACAACACCUUGGUAUUGGUAAAGGCCUUGGUCUCAUUCAGACAAUACCAGCCAGUUACAGGAAAUUCACGACACUAGCUACUAGACUAGGGAGGCGUAACCAUACCCAGACUUUUGUUUCUGCUUGGUUGGAGCAAAAUCCUGCACCCACACCUGCCAUCACAAGGUAAGAUUUCCCACAGUUUUAAUUUAGUACAUACUGAUGUUUUAACUGUAAAAGAAAAGUAGAGAGCAGGAGUGAGCCACACAGUCCCCAGCCUCAUGUUGUCUGGUUAUACUCAUCUCAUCUGAGUACCAUGAAAUCGUUGGCUGGCCCUCGCUUCAUACUCGUCGCCAAACCCACUGGCUCCAUGUCAUCUACAAUACCUUGCUAGGUAAAGUCCCCCCUUAUCUCAGCUCGCUGGUCACCAUAGCAUCUCCCACCUGUAGCACGCGCUCCAGCAGGUAUAUCUCUCUAGUCACCCCCAAAACCAAUUCUUUCUUUGGCCGCCUCUCCUUCCAGUUCUCUGCUGCCAAUGACUGGAACGAACUACAAAAAUCUCUGAAACUGGAAACACUUAUCUCCCUCACUAGCUUUAAGCACCAGCUGUCAGAGCAGCUCACAGAUUACUGCACCUGUACAUAGCCCACCUAUAAUUUAGCCCAAACAACUACCUCUUUCCCCACUGUAUUUUAUUUAUUUAUUUAUUUUGCUCCUUUGCACCCCAUUAUUUUUAUUUCUACUUUGCACAUUCUUCCAUUGCAAAACUACCAUUCCAGUGUUUUACUUGCUAUAUUGUAUUUACUUUGCCACCAUGGCCUUUUUUGCCUUUACCUCCCUUCUCUCCUCAUUUGCUCACAUUGUAUAUAGACUUGUUUAUACUGUAUUAUUGACUGUAUGUUUGUUUUACUCCAUGUGUAACUCUGUGUCGUUGUAUGUGUCGAACUGCUUUGCUUUAUCUUGGCCAGGUCGCAAUUGUAAAUGAGAACUUGUUCUCAACUUGCCUACCUGGUUAAAUAAAGGUGGAAAAAAAAUGCAUGCCACAUUGUAAAUGCACUGUAUGUUCUGAUCAUCUGCUAUGAGGUGUAUCAUUUCCAGUUUUUUUCCUGGCACUUCAGAUAAAAUUGUAUGCCUAUCUAUGCAUGAAGCAAGUCUUGUGAGGACAAACAGGGCGUCUUUCCUCCCUGUAGCCUCCUAUUGAGCUGAAUGUUGAGGGUUGGAUAUGUAGACACUGUAGAAACUUGGCACACAAAGUGGUUUAUGCCAGUUUUUCGGGUGUUAGAGUAUAUCAACAAGCUGGAAUGGUUUGUGUAUGUGGGUGGGUGUGUGCCUGGGUGUGUGUGCAUGUGUUCAUUGCAAAAGAACAGUAGAGAGCAGCCUCAUGUUGUCUGGUUGUACUCCUCAUCGGAGUACCAUGAAUGUGACUGUGUUUGUGAGUGUACAUGUGCUUUCUGGUUUUAUAAUGGUCCUUUUUUUGACAGUGGAAAACAUAGUUAUGUGUAUAAUUUCCCUCUCUCUAUGAGCUCCCAAUCAAGGUAAAGAAUAAAAUGAAUACAAUUGCCAAACAAAUACAAUAUAUUUUCUUUUUUUUAGAGUGCCAU